GAAUUCCAGAAAGUCAGAUAUCAAUUGGAGAGCUCCUCCGUCACUCAGAGACUCCGCCCCUCCCUGCUGCUUCCUGACUCCCCGAGACGAACCUGAGCCGGGUGUUUGGAGACUGCUGAGCAGGUGAUUGCGCUCCAAAUGAAAAUGUUUGAGAGCCUUGAUUCUUCAGCGACAAAAUCCGGCCGGGAUCUCUGGGCUGAAAUCUGUUCUUGUCUGCCAAGGCCUGCACAAGAAGAUGUUGCCAACAAUGCCUUCUCAGACUCCUUUCUGGAUUCACAUCCUGUAGGUGAAGGCCACACAGCAGCAACAGACUCUGUUGUCCAACCGUCCCCAAAGCCCUGGGCUCCUUUGCAUGAUUCAGAAGUGUAUCUAGCAUCUCUUGAGAAGAAACUGAGAAGAAUCAAAGGUUUAAAUGAGGAAGUGACUUCCAAGGACAUGCUUCGUACCCUGGCCCAAGCUAAGAAGGAAUGCUGGGAUCGAUUCCUCCAGGAGAAGCUAGCCUCAGAGUUUUUUGUAGAUGGACUUGAUUCCGAUGAGAGCACCUUGGAACAUUUCAGACGGUGGCUCCAGCCGGAUAAAGUUGCCAUCAGCACAGAGGAGGUCCAGUUUCUCAUCCCUCCAGAGUCGCAAGCUGAGAAGCCAGAGGCCAGGGACGAGCCAGCCGCGGCAGCAGAACAAUAAAUUACACACACAUCCACCAAGCAGCUGUCUGGGGCCCAGGGGGAACGGUGGAGAGCUUGACAGCACGGCAGCAAGGAGAAAUCCAGGCAGAGGGAAAAGCCCAGCCUUCCACUCCACAAAGCAAACAGCUGCUGGCCCCUGGGGACUUGCUUCAAGCUGGCAUGUGUGACUGUCUUGGAUGAAGUGGCUGACCCAGUGUGUGCUGGAUCAAAACACUGCUUUCCUUCGUGUCUCACAGCCUGACCGAGCUCUGUUGCUGCAGGUUAGAGGUCUGUAAGGAUCCAGUGAAGAACAGGGUGUGAAAGUGCUUGGAGACAUUGGAACCCUUGUAUAUGAUGUACCAGUUAAGUGAGCCCC